UGUAACUAAUGUCAUGUCAGAAUAUUAGCAAACAUAACAUAACCUUAAAAUUUAAUAUUAUUAAGAAACUCAUGAAUAAAUACAAGAUAAUUACAAAACUAUGAACGUGAGAAUCAUUAUUCGCUCGAUAUAUACUUAUCUAAAUAAAACACCAACAUAUAAACAACGUUUGUUACCAUGUAAUCGCUCAUUUCUUAGUGUUUUAUGUAAUAACUAUUCUACUAAUGUCGAAGCCAAAGUUGAUGAGAAAAAACACUGUAAUGUUGGAACUAUUGGUCAUGUAGAUCACGGGAAGACCACAUUAACUGCUGCUAUUACUAAAGUUUUAGCUAACGAUGGCCUGGCGAAGUUCACAUCGUUUGAAGAGAUUGACAAAGCACCCGAGGAGAAGGCUAGAGGCAUAACCAUAAAUGCAGCACACGUCGGCUACAGCACAAAACUCCGUCACUACGCGCACACAGAUUGCCCUGGACAUGCUGAUUACGUCCGCAACAUGAUAUCCGGUGCUUCCCAGAUGGACGCAGCCAUCUUGGUGGUAGCGGCUAACGACGGUCCAAUGCCACAGACUAGAGAACACUUAUUGUUGGCGAAACAAGUGGGGAUUAAUUACAUAUUAGUGUUUAUUAAUAAGGCUGAUAUUGUUGACAAUGAGCUAUUAGAAUUAGUGGAGAUUGAAAUGCGAGAGUUGCUCUCAGAUUUCGGUUACGACGGCAGCACUGUGCCUGUGAUCUGCGGGUCGGCGCUGAAGGCAUUGAACGGAGACGAGUCAGAGUAUGGUGCGUCUUCAAUAAGGAAACUCCUAGACACAAUGGAUUCAUACAUACCACCAAUCAUGAGAGACUUGAAGUCUCCCUUCCUUAUGCCCAUAGACAACGCUUUCACGGUCCCAGGAAGAGGUACAGUGGUGGUCGGGACUAUAAAACGGGGAGUGAUGAAGAAGAAUGAUGAAGCGGAUUUAAUGGGAUUCGGAUAUAAUAUCAAAACGUCACUGUCUGAUAUUCAAAUUUUUAGAAAGAGUGUUACGGAGGCCCUUGCCGGCGACAACGUAGGCGUUCUACUAAGGGGGAUGAAAAUGAAAUCAGUUGAAACGGGAAUGCUUUUAUGCGCCUCCAAGAGUUUCGAGCUCAGUAACCAUUACAAAGCGAAGGUUUACUUCCUGACGAGAAGCGAGGGCGGACGGAAGAAACCUAUAUUCUCCAAAUAUUCCCAGCAAAUGUUUAGCGGGACUUGGAAUAUAGCGUGUAGGAUUGAUUUAGAUCCUUCGAUGCAAAUGAUGAUGCCGGGAGACCACGGGGAGGUAUACCUGACCUUACUGGAAGGCAUGGUCAUGACCCAAGGUCAACCGUUCACGAUACGGGAGAAUAACGUGACCGUUGCCACGGGGAUAGUGACAGAAACUUUACCAUCCAUCGAUGUGCCCAAAGGGAAAUUGGGAAAAGUUGUGAUGAAGUACGUCUAGUGUGUGGAUAAUUGUAAAUAUGUUAAUAAAUUAUUAAAUUGUU